AUGUCUAACAAUGCGGGUUUUCGAGCUCCUACGAAUAAAGUGUGUAUACUAACAUGCCUGAAUCUACACCCUUGCUCCAUUCGGCCUGUUGGUCGUUGUCCACAUCGAUUUAGAUGCUCCAAGACUCUGACCACUUUGACCGUACCGUUACUUUCCAGUUUGGCCGGAGUCGUAGAAGAGGCAUCCUCAAUCCCCCACAAGCCAGGCACUUACUUGUUGACUCUCCCAACCACCGAGUCCUGGACUUCUCCAAAGGCACGGGGCCACAUGCAGCCUCCUCCACCCGCAGGGCGUGCCUACAAAGUGUAUGCUGAACGGUCUGAUGGCAUGACGGUCCACAAAUUCGCGAGGCCAACUGAAUACUUUAUGCAUGCGCCAGCCGAGGCAGCAGACUGCUUGACCUAUUUUGGUCAGGAACAUAAACGCGUGGGAUUCGGCCAAAAAACACACUCUACCGGGCCAGUUGGCGGGGUCCCGAAUUUGCAACCGCCACCUCUGCCACCACCCCCUCCACGACGCCCUUCUACACCCCGUCGUACAACUUACUCAGCCUCGCCUGGUAUACUCUCCUCUUUUAGGCCUCACCUGUACCCUGCCUCAAUCCCUCAUUUAUUUUCCCCUCUACCUUCGGUCCUUUUCGACUGCACAGUCUCCGGGGUACAGUCGGGCAGGCAGGCGAGCACACACGCAAAAGUAGUCUCAGACACAGACACAGACACCGACUGCACAUAUUGCUACAAUCCUAUUGUAUGGGAAAGAAAUCAUCAUCCGCGUGGCCCAUUGCGGGACGGAGGGGACUCGAAGGUGAAACGGAGCCAAAGCACCGAGAGACGGUUGACAUACUCAUAA